AUGGCUGCCUCAAUCUUCCGCACGACGCUUGUAACGCCACUGUAUUGCGCGUCCAAGUCAUCCUACUGGUCAGAUCGAAUACCACCACUUUUUGUGGCCGACAACCCCGACAUCGUUACGUUACUCCUCGAGGCUGGUGCAAAUCAUUUGGACGUGCCGGAUCCUGGCCAUAUGAACACGCUCACAGUGUUACAAAUGGCCUAUAUGCGUGGCAACUUUCCUGUGGCACAUGAAUUGGAAGAAUGGGGCGCUGACGUCGCUCUGACGCCUCUUCAUGAAGCUGCAGCCAAGGACAGCACAGGGAAUAGAAAGAAGCUACUGAAAAUUGGUGCUGAUCCUAAUUGUGUAGGCGAGUAUGGUUACACAGGCAUGCAUCGCCGUACACCAUUACAUUGGGCGGCCAAUCAAUGGUGCAGUUGA